UAUUUCGAACCAGUGGCUCAAAGUGUUAUGGUAUAUGGCUAGGAACCGUAAUGAACGGUGAACAUGCUACAGUUUCCUCUUUUCCCUUCUGGAAGUAACAUCAAGUAGUGGGCCGUCCUUUGAAUGAUCUUGAUGACUGUACUUGCUUGCUUUCUGGAUGAUGUUGCUGACUUAUUCUAUCCCAAUUUUCCCAAUAUAUUGUCGUAUUAUUAUUUCACUGUGGUGCAUCUCUUGGUGUCCAUAAUGUACGAAGUCUGUUUUAAUAAAAAUAAUUCCAUAGGUGUCUUAAUUAAUCAGCUGCCACCAUAUCUGAGGAUUGACAGGGAAAUCCAUCUUAAUCACACGUUUUGUGUGUGUAUACCUCGCUUUGUUUCGCAACAGUUAACAUGAGUUUUGAUUAUUAGACCCUGUUUACUAGUUACAUGUUUGACAAAUUUUUUCUAGCACUUUUCAGGAAUGCCAAGAGAAAUUUGCAAGUUAGAUGAGAAUUCACUGUCUAAGCUGGAAUCCAACUCAUGGCAGGAGCGUAGAGAUGCUUUAGAACUUAUCAGUAAUCAGUUAAAAGUCUCAACUUUGCCGAGUGGACUUCUUGGUCAGGUGACUAAAGGACUAUGCCAAGUGAUUUCAUCAGAUAAACAUUCAAUGUUGGUAAUUCGUGCAGCUGGUGUUCUUCGUGAAUUAGUUGAAUCAGUUGGUAAAGGUUUUAUCAGUCAUGCAGAACGGGCUCUUAGUGUUUGCCUAUUGAAAUUCAAAGACAACAAAGUACAUCUAUCUGAAGCCCUACGUUCUGCAACAGAAGCUAUUGUAGAUAUAAUACCUUUUGAUAUGGCCUUAACACAACUACAAACUGCUUUAACUACUCCAGUGGCAAAAACACAAGCCGAAACGUUAAAUCUGUUAACUCAUCUCUUCUGUACAAGUAAACGGAAGUAUGAGCUUCAAUUGAAUCAACGCUUAAAAAUUGUUAAACCAAUUCUAUCUAAUACAGCUAAAUUCUCUGAGCAUAAAAGUCAAGAAUGUCGAGAUGCUUGUUUUCAAAUGUUUGCUUCAAUUUGUAUCUUUUUGGAUUUUACUAGUCAACAAUUCUCUUCUAUCAUUGAUAAUAUACUGGAUGAAUCACGACGUUCCAAGGUGGAUAUUGCCUUAUUGCAUUUACGUAAAAGUAUAUCAACUGAAAAUAUUGAAAAUGAGCAUACAAACUCAGAGAAACCAAAUAAAACAGUAAAACCUAAAAGUUCCUACACUGAACAACAACAAAAACAACAACGACACCAACAGUUGAUAGAUAAUCCUGACUUUGGCAUUACUCCCAUCAAAUCAUCACCUAGAAUAGCCAAUAAGCCAAACAAAGGAAACAAACAACUGACAACAUUUCAAAGACAAAAUCAUUUAUCGACGAGUACACCAUUUUCAGAAGUUCGUAAGGUGACUUCACGCAAUGUUAAGCAGAAUAAUAAGAUAAUAACGCCUAGUGUUGCAGAGGGGUCUGUGUCGUUACAACGUGCAGGAGCGAAACCACCAUCAGCAGUGGUUAUUAAGAAAGCUGCAAACAAAAGAGUUGUGCAAUCAAAAGCUCAAAAGUGUGCAGCACAAGAUUUGAAUUUGUCGUCUGGUCAGCUACGGUGUAGGCUGUCAGAGGGAUAUUUAGAGAAUGUGCCAUUAGAACAGUUAACUAAUCCCACUUGGAAGAUUCGCUUACAGGUUGCUGAACGUAUUCAUUCGUUGAUCAAUUCUAACCCACCAGGAUUUCCUGAUGUGCAUUAUUUAUUGCAGUACAUUUUAAAUUGUGGUACUGUGAAAGACAGUAUCUUCCGUGUUCGUUGUGAAGUAAUAAAUAUUUUAUCAGAGUUAUUAUCGCAAAAUAAGUCUCAAAAUUGGAUUCCUGCUCAGUUGUUAGAAAUGUUAUGUGACCAGUUGUUCGCUUCAAUUGGUGAUUCGAAAUCAGGUCCUCUAGUUGAACAAACCCUCCGACAUUUGAUGAAUAUUAUAGGGGUAUCAAAAAUUGUUGAGUGUAUUAAUAAAGGAUUGAAGAAACAGAUUUCUCCUACAGUUCAUUCUUCAUUAUUGAAAUGGUUGAGUUCAGUGUUGAAGUCUCUAGACUGCAGUUUCGACCAUGUAUUGCCUAUAGAAAUUGUAAAAUUCGGACUUGCAUCUUCUUCACCUAAUGUGCGUAAUAUGGCAGUUGAAUUGGCUGGUGUCAUUCAUUAUCGCUUACGUUCUUCGAUCAAUAUUCUUUCAUUGUUUGCAUCUGAGAAACCAGCGAUAUUACAACGUUUACAAGCAGAGUUUGCUACGUAUGAUGUAGAAGAAGAGAGUGUUGCUUCACCUGAACAUGUAAAAAAUGAUCAGUCAACUUUCUCUGGUAUGGAAUGUCUUACUCCAGCUGCUGUUGAGGCAUGGUCAAAAAGGCAAAAGAGGUUGACAGCUGUGCUAGGAAAUGUGGCUCCUUUAGACAGACUUGCUGAUGCUCAAGGUGUUUUAGAAUUUUCUGAUUCUAGUGAGAGUCCAAUUACGGGCAGAAAAUCAUCACCAUACAAGAAAGGUGUUAUCGAGGCUGUAGUUCGGCAACCUUUACAAGCUGUAAACGUGAAUUCCAAUCAACCCCCUCCAACAACUCAGCUAACUAGCUCAUAUAACUGUGACACUAUUUUCUUCAUUGAGUCAAAUGAUGAGACAAGUUUACUGCAAGCCAAAGAAAUGCGUUUGACCAGUCUCAAAAAACGUGUAAACAGAAGUCCAGAUGAGCUGCGCAAUUUCUUCACUGAAUGUCAUACUCAUCCGAAUCUGAUGAAACGGUUAUUUUCAGAAUCAUAUGAAUGUUAUCUGGAAGUACUUGAUCGAUUAAUGGCUUCAUUAGAUAAUAAAAAUGAAAAUGUGCAAACAAAACAGCCAUCAACUGUGAUUAUUACUUAUGCACAUUUUGACUUACUUCUAAUGUGGAUUGUACAAUACUGUUUGGAAUUAUGGUUAAAUGAAAGUAUUGGAAAGUGUGAAUACCAGAAUGUAAAGGAUAUUUUAAUUCGUACGUUUGACUACUUGACAGCAGUGCUGACAUUAUUUGCUCAGAAUGAUUUAAGACUGAGUGAAUACGAAGUGAAUUUAAUUCUAAUUCCACUAUUAAAAUGCGAAUUGCAAGCAAUGUUCGUAUACAGGGAUUUAUUUAUUCAUAAUGCUGCAUCUGGUUUAGUGCGUGUUAUACGUCAAGUAUAUCCUGCAAGUUUACUAGUGGAUAUAUUGGUUAAAUAUAUGCAUGAAUGUGGUGCUGCGAAAAUGCGACAGAUUUGUCUAGAUGAAUUAGUCUGUUUAAUACCGCGUUUUGCUAAUCCAAAGGGAUCUACAUCAGGAAAUGCAUUGAAGUCAAUUUCACAACAACUUGCUGAUUCAGAUGCUGGUGUGAAAAAAUCUGCAUUGGAUUGUCUUCAAGCUGCUUAUAAAUCAUUUGGCGCCUCAUUUUGGCAACAUAUUGGAAAUAUUGGAGAAAAAGAUAAGAAAUUGCUUGAAGAAUAUUUGUCUUCUGAAGGUGAACCUAAUACAGCUGCCCUACCAACAGACAACUUUGAUACUUUCUCAACAAAAACACCAUUUGGUUCUAUCAUUACCAAAGAUUCGACAAUGAAUGCUCAUCAUACACUUGAUUUUAAUCAUACUAGACGAGCUGUAAGCCCACCGCCUGUGCACAUGUCUCCAGCUGAACCUACGUAUCUAUUGCGGUUGAUUAACACUCGUGAUAGUCCAUCGUCAACAGAAUCAGAAAGAAUAGAAGCGAAAAAUGCACUGAAUACAGCUUUAUCAUGCUUAGUUGAUCAGUUAGGUGGUUCUGUUUGUGAGGAUGUUGAAGAUGAAGUUGAGAAAACUGCUACAGUUGGUGAUCGUGAUUCAAUGAAUUGUUCAGAUAAAAAUGACGAUGAUCUGUCAGGUUUCAAUAAUAUUCUUCUUGGAGCACUGAUCGACUUGGAAGUACUUAUUCAGGAUCCACGAACAUGUGAUUUACUACCACCUUAUAUGCCUUAUAUCAUUACUCAGUUAACGCUACUUUGCAAUCGCCUGUUCAUAUCUGAAGUUAAUGCUGGGCAGGCUAUUUUCAUGGAUUGUUUAGGUGGUGAAUUAGCAUGCAUUUUUUCACAACCCUUUCUAUUUCGAGAAGUGAAUGUUGAUAAUUUGAAGUAUCUGUUGGGUAGUUUAAUACAGCUUGCUGAACGGCUACAAUUGAAUCAUGAUGCGCCUAGACUGUGCACAAACCCACGUGUUUUGAUGAUACUGAAAUUAGUUCGAUUAAUCUAUACAGCAAUUGAUCCAUCCAUUUCCCUGAGUGCUCUUCUACGUCUGGUGCAUAUAUGUUGUUUCGGCUGUGAUAUACGAAAUCGUCAAAACAAACCAAUUCAUAAAAAUAACAAGGAUAAUGCUGACGAUAAGUUGUCAAAGUCUCUUCACCAAUUACCUGAACCCUAUUCUGUAGAUCUGGGACCGAAUUCGUUUGCCACUGUGGCGAAACUUUCACUUGCUCAACUGUCUUGUCGGAUUUCAGAAAUUAGGCGGUAUUUAAAUAAAAUUGAUUGGGCUUUAAUUCUACCAUUGUUGGAAGCAUUUCUGUCUAAUUCCUCCGGUGAGCAGAAACCUGUAAAGAUAGAAAGUAAUCGUUCUGUUCGUGUGGGAAUCUUAGAAAAGACUGUUAAGACAAUUCAUAAUAUGCUCAUAGAAGUUUAUGCUUGUUGUGGUCAAACAUUUAUUGAUGAAAUUGAAAAGACUAAUGUAAAGUGUCCUUCUGUCCUCCGUGUUGUACAUAAAUUAAAGUCUAUUAUGCGUGAAGCACCAUAUCCACAUUGUACUAGUGGAGCGAAUCAGUUUCUUUUUUAGUUCAAUAUAUGUCCUGCUUCCAAUGAAAAAUACUGAACUAUAAAUUAUCUUGUGUAUAUAAUAUUUCUAAUAUUUACAUGAACUCUGUACACUCUGUGAUGAUGACUAAUUGCCUUACUUGCCUUGUAUAUAUAUCUUGCUUUCUUUUUAUCUUCAUUGUCUUACCU